AUGAAGGACCCCAGUGGAGCGUUCAAUCGAGCCAAGCUGUUCAACGUCGGAUACAACGAGUCCUCAAAGUACGGCGACUUUGACUGCUUUAUUUUCCAUGAUGUCGAUCUCAUUCCGGAGAAUGACACAAACCUUUAUCAAUGCGAGGACCAGCCCAAACACAUGUCCCCGGCUAUGAGUUCGUUCAAUUAUAGGAUCCCAUAUUCCUCUUUUGUUGGAGGAGUCCUAGCCAUGAAUAAAACAGUCUUCCAGCUGGUGAAUGGCUUCUCCAAUCUCUACCUCGGAUGGGGAGGCGAGGAUGAUGACAUGUCAGUAAGAUUCAAGCUUUUGGAGGAGGCGAAGACGAGAAUGGCAACUGACGGGCUGAAUUCACUUCAAUAUAACUUGGUAUUCUCAAACACCACGAAGAAUUACGUGCACAUAAUGGCGAACCUAUAUACUAUUUGAUAUGUACAGACAACUUUUUAUGUAACAUAUUCCUCAUGAUAUAAUUGUGCCUCUAUGCAUUCAUGUCUCUAAAAACGACCCUUUUAGAGUGAGCAAAGCUUUCCCAUUUAUAAAAUUAUCU